UAGUGGGUAGUUUUCCUUCUGCUAAGUGCCAACAUUUCUGUUCUGUGUAGGUCUAGGUCCUAUCUCUGGUUGUGAUCGACGUUGCAAGUUUACAAAAUUUACAAUUGCUUUGCUCUUAUAAAUUAUUCCAGCUCACCAAGUUCUCUUGAAUUGAAGAAAAGUGUGUCAUUUUCGUUCAAGUGUAACAACUAACAAAAUACAUCCCUGUAGUAUCCACAUACAAGAUGAAAUUAACAUUAUAGACCCUUUAAAGCUAUGUUAGGUCAAAAGACCAUAUUUAGUGUUCCUCUGCUGGACAUGAACAGAGAGGAUGAACAAAACCAGGUCGAGGUUAGUGAAGACAUUGAGUGGGUCACAAGAUGGGAUGAAACUUUGAUGCUUGUGGAUUAUGGAGAAGAUGAUUGGUACUGUCUCCACGAUAUAACACUAAGUGGCCAGAUACUGGAGUAUAGUGGACAAGGAGCAAGCAUUCUGGAUGUUGGUUUAGCCCAAGCAAGACAGCCACUAAACACUACGUCACACUAUUUUGAAAUUGAAAUACUUGAUCCAGGGAAAAACUGUUUUAUCGCUAUUGGAUUGACCGAAAAGGGCUACCCAAAGAACAGACUACCAGGCUGGGACAAAGGCUCAAUUGCUUACCAUGCAGACGACGGAAAAGUCUUUGUUGGUUGUGGAGUAGGUGAAAAAUUCGGGCCAAAAUGUCAUAAAGGAGACACUAUGGGAUGUGGUAUAUCCUUCCCUGUACCUUUAAGCCAAAAGUCUAAAUCCUGCAGAUUUCCUGCUGAUGAUUUAAGAAGUAACGAUGAAGAAGAUGAAACUGGAGGUUCAGGUUUUGUUGAGGUCUUCUUCACUAAAAACGGGACAAUGGUUGGAGUAAGAAGAGUCAUGCUUCCGUUCGGCGGUUUUCUUCCUUCUGUUGGAAUGUUAAGUUUCCACGAAAAAGUGAAAGUAAACUUAAAACCCCUUACAGGUUGAUAAGUUACGGUGGUUUUAAAAACUAACUGGUUCUGUGAUAUUAAUACUAGUGCACUACUACAGUAUGUGCUUUUAACUAUCAAUACCUGUGAUUUGUUAUUGAACAGUCUUGCCAAAUUCAAGCCAUUCAAGAUUGUGCCUUUAUCCUUAAAAAAUUGUUCAAAGAGUUGGACCAAGGCUGGCUCUUCCACUGGCUAGAACCCACCCUAUUAUACAGGGUGUUCAAAAAAGGUGGGGACAUAUUUUACCUAGUGAUUCCUUGGGUCAAA